GCGUGAAACCGGAUGAAGCGAGUUGCGGCGACCCAGGUGGCCAAGAGCGCGUCGAACGCGGCACGCAAGGCUCAGUUUGCGUCCAGUCGCGUCGGAGCAGCACUGUUGGCCAACAACGAGACAAAGUCCAAGACGAAGGCGGCCGUCGUGAAGAAGGUCGCGACGAAGAAAGACACUUGGAACCAAAAGAUCAACCGCGCCACCGACCGCGCCGUCCUCCACGUGUUUCGCCAAGCUUUCCUUGCGCUGGACGUGGUUCAAACAGUGCACGCCCACGGAUCAACUGCCUCAGUCACGUGUACCGACAGCAACAAUCAUGCGAACGUGUUUCUGGCCCUGACCACGUACACGACACCGCUCGAGAUGAACGCGACGUUGCGGCAAGUGGUAUCAUUUGAAUCAUCCGCCCACUCGCCGCGCGUGCCGUCCGGGGAAGUCACUGCGAGGGCGCAGCUCAAAUUUUCAGCGUGGAAGCUGGUUGACAAGACAACCGAUGGCACUGCCUUGUGCGUGUACCAGUACGCUCCCGACGGCGCAGUGGCGCAGUCGAACGGUAGCUGCUGCCCAAGCCUAGUCGCUAUCGUGUGGAGGGAUGGUCUGCAAGUCCACAGCUUGUACGCGAUCCACUCGAUUCCGCUCGUCACAUCGACGUUGCUGUCGCGAGUGGCCACGACCCUCGAGGACGACAUCGACCCGUGCUUCGGCUUGCAAGGAUACACGAUAGCUGUGUCCCUGCGAUCCUUCGAUCAAGCCGUGUGGGACUACGAAGGGUAUGUCGUCGAUUUUCCAUCCGACUUGCCCCCUGGCGCCACGGAAACGUGCGCCUCGCUAUUGGUUCCCCAGGUACGUUGCCCGCGUUUCCGGUCGUCUUGGUGACGGAGGUGGUCGCUGGGGCCACAUGGAUGGCAUGGGGGACCCCGCCGCGCUUGAUUGCGCGUUUGUUUGCUGUAGGGCGCUCUACGAGAACGCUCCCGCGUGCUCAACGAAGGCAGCAACGGGAACCUGUCCAUUCGCACUCACGCAUUUACCACAACUGCCACCAAUAGCAUCAUUGUGGACGUGGCUGUGUGGGACUUUGAGCGGUCGUUGCGUUGGGCCACGUCGCAAUGCGUCGCGUACACACCGAGCGUCAAGCGGCCGGAAGUGUUCGACAUGGACGUGUCCAAGGCGUUUGAAGCCGUACACCUCGCUAUGGACUCCCCCCACGUCGGUCGCGUGCGCCUCGAGCUCUAUCGAUUUGCGGCGAAAACGAUUGUCGCCAGCCUCGACGUGGCGCUCUUAACAGGUUUUGUGAACGCGACGUACGGGACGGGACUUCCUACGGCAAAGGAUAAGCUUACUUGAUACGGUUUACCCCUCCACCAUGCUCAA